ACCCCUCUGGCCACAUGUCGCGCAGGUCUUCCCGACGGACGCAGCGCCACCUCCCCACGCUGCUUUACGAACCUAGACAGCGGCCCCCGCCUCCUGUCUCCGUCCUCACAUCUCCGCCCCCGCUCACUUUUCAGUCUCCUACCCCGACGCGCCCGCUAUAAUCACGUGAUUGCUUCAUCCGGGUCCUUUGCGUUCUCUCUCCCUCUCCCAACAUGGCGGCCUCAGCAAAAAAGAAGAAUAAGAAGGGAAAGACUAUCUCCCUAACAGAUUUUCUGGCUGAGGAUGGAGGGACUGGUGGAGGAACCACCUAUGUCCCCAAACCAGUCAGCUGGGCUGAUGAAACAGAUGACCUGGAAGGAGACGUUUCAACCACUUGGCACAGUAAUGAUGAUGAUGUGUAUAGGGCACCUCCAAUUGACCGUUCCAUCCUUCCCACUGCUCCACGGGCUGCUCGGGAACCCAAUAUCGACCGGAGCCGUCUUCCCAAAUCUCCACCCUACACUGCUUUUCUAGGGAACCUGCCCUAUGAUGUCACGGAAGACUCUAUUAAGGAAUUCUUUAGAGGAUUAAAUAUCAGUGCAGUGCGUUUGCCACGUGAACCUAGCAAUCCGGAGAGGUUGAAAGGUUUUGGUUAUGCUGAGUUUGAGGACCUGGAUUCCCUACUCAGUGCCCUCAGUCUCAAUGAAGAGUCUCUAGGUAACAGAAGAAUUCGAGUGGAUGUUGCUGAUCAAGCACAGGAUAAAGACAGAGAUGAUCGUUCUUUUGGGCGAGAUAGAAAUCGAGAUUCUGACAAAACAGACACAGACUGGAGGGCCCGUCCUGCUACAGACAGCUUUGAUGACUACCCGCCUAGAAGAGGUGAUGACAGCUUUGGAGACAAGUAUCGAGAUCGCUACGAUUCAGACCGGUAUAGAGAUGGGUAUCGGGAUGGCCCACGCCGGGAUAUGGAUCGAUACGGGGGUCGAGAUCGCUAUGAUGACCGUGGCAGCAGAGACUAUGAUAGAGGCUAUGAUUCCAGAGUAGGCAGUGGCAGAAGAGCCUUUGGUAGUGGGUACCGUAGAGAUGACGACUACAGAGGAGGAGGAGACCGCUAUGAAGACCGCUAUGACAGACGGGAUGAUCGGCCCUGGGGCUCCAGGGAUGAUUACUCCCGGGAUGAUUACAGGCGUGAUGACAGAGGUCCCCCCCAAAGACCCAAACUGAAUCUAAAGCCUCGGAGUACUCCUAAGGAAGAUGAUUCCUCUGCUAGCACCUCCCAGUCCAGUCGAGCGGCUUCUAUCUUUGGAGGAGCAAAGCCUGUUGACACGGCUGCUAGAGAAAGAGAAGUAGAGGAACGGCUACAGAAAGAGCAGGAGAAACUGCAGCGUCAGUUGGAUGAGCCAAAACUAGAACGACGGCCUCGGGAGAGACACCCAAGCUGGCGAAGUGAAGAAACUCAGGAACGGGAAAGGUCAAGGACAGGAAGUGAAUCAUCACAGACUGGGACCUCAGCCCCAUCUGGCAGAAGUAAGUCAGACCAGGAUGCCCGAAGGAGAGAGAGUGAGAAGUCUCUAGAAAAUGAAACACUCAGUAAGGAGGAAGACUGUCACUCUCCAACUUCUAAGCCUCCCAAACCUGAUCAGCCUCUAAAGGUAAUGCCAGCCCCUCCACCAAAGGAGAAUGCAUGGGUGAAGCGAAGUUCUAACCCUCCUGCUCGAUCUCAGAGCUCAGACACAGAGCAGCAAUCCCCUACAAGCGGUGGGGGGAAAGUAGCUCCAGCUCAGCCUUCUGAGGAAGGACCAGCAAGGAAAGCAGAUGAAAAUAAAAUAGAUGGGAUAAAUGUCCAAAAAGGCCAAACUGGGAACUCCAGCCGUGGUCCAGGAGAUGGAGGGAAUAAAGACCACUGGAAGGAGACAGAUAGGAAAGAUGGCAAAAAGGAUCAAGACUUUAGAUCUGCACCUGAGCCAAAGAAAUCUGAGGAAAAUCCAGCCUCCAAGUUCAGUUCUGCAAGCAAGUAUGCUGCUCUUUCCGUGGAUGGUGAAGAUGAAAAUGAAGGAGAAGACUACGCUGAGUAGACCUCAAACAGCCUGUGCUUUCUCCUAGUCUUUCUCCACCCUGGAACAUUCAAGAGCAAAUCAAACCUCUAUCCAGACAAGGCAAAAUAAAACUCACCAUCUCCUGGAGAUCUUUCUUAACUUUUUUUUUAAAAAAUGAAAUUCUGUUGCAUGAUGCUGCAGCCUUUAAAGUAUUGAAGUAACCGGAGAAUAGCCAGAGAGACAGAGACUACAGCUUUUUAAUGGAAAAGUUGUGGUGUGUUCUUAGGGUACCAUGCAGUUGCAGCUGCCUGUGUGAUUAGUGCCUAGGGGGCUCCAUUUAGCAGAAAUGGUAAUGACAGUGAUAUGAUGCCUGGAAUCUUUGGGCAGUAGGGGAGGGAUAAGGAACAGUGAGAUUUCUACCUUUUCAUUCUUACCCUAUUGUGGCAUAUAUGAAUUCUCAAGCAUUAUCUGAAUAAACUUUCCAU